AUACACGCUCCUGGAUUUGCAGAAGACAGACAUCUAGGGCACUUCUUGGCAUCCACAGGAAAAUCACAUGGGAUUAAAACCCCCCAGCAGAACUGCUGAAAGCUGCCUCUCAAGGAUUACAAGUUCACCUUUUGCAUUUACGGCUGCUUGUUUACUAUCCAUGUGGUAACCUCUGGACAGGCAGUAAUCCAUUCAUUAUCCCACUGAUUGAGUGCGGGAGCAGCGCAGUGCUAACUACUUCACUCAGCUGACGGCAGACAGCAGAAGGAGGAAAAUGAUGAAUUCGGACAAUUUAACCUCCCAAAGCUUCCUCUCUGCUAUUCACAGCAACACCAGCAAUUUAUUCUCAGGGCUCCAGUUUGUUCAGUCCUUCAAGCCACUCAUCAUCCCCUGCUACUCGCUGGUGGUUUUUAUUGGUGUCAUUGGGAAUUACCUUCUCAUCUAUGUCAUCUGCAAGACAAAAAAAAUGCACAAUGUCACCAACUUUCUGGUAGGCAAUCUGGCUUUCUCAGACAUGCUCAUGUGUGCCACCUGUGUGCCCCUGACCCUGGCCUAUGCCUUUGAGCCCCGGGGAUGGGUUUACGGGCGCUUCAUGUGCUACUUUGUUUUCCUGAUGCAACCUGUCACCGUGUUUGUGUCUGUCUUCACCCUGACUGUCAUAGCUGUGGACAGGUACUGUGCCACGGUGUACCCGUUCCGCAGGAGGCUCACCAUCCCCAUCUGUGCUUACAUCCUGGCUGCUAUUUGGCUGCUGAGCUGCACUUUGGCUGCCCCAGCCUUGGUCCACACCUACCACGCAGAGUUCCCAGAGCUGGACUUCUCCAUCUGCGAGGAGUUCUGGUUCCACAUGAAAAGAGAUCGCUUGGCUUACGCCUACAGCACCCUCAUCAUCACCUAUGUACUGCCUUUGGCUGUCAUCUCCCUGUCCUACCUGAGGAUCUCAGUCAAGCUGAAGAACCGUGUAGUGCCAGGCAAUGUCACCCAGGGCCAAGCUGAGUGGGACCGUGCCAGGAGGAGAAAGACUUUUCGCUUGCUGGUCUUAGUGGUGGCAGCCUUUGGAGUCUGUUGGCUGCCCCUGCACAUCUUCAACAUGAUAAAGGACAUCGACAUCAGCUUGAUUGACAAGCAGUACUUCAACUUCAUCCAGCUGCUGUGCCACUGGUUUGCAAUGAUGUCUGCUUGUACCAAUGCCUUCCUCUACGCCUGGCUCCAUGACAGCUUCAGGGGAGAGCUGAAAAAGAUGUUUGCCUGGAGGAAGAAGAAAAUUGGACCUGCUACAAACUGCAUUAUGGCCAGUGUGGUGCUGUAAAUGAGAGCUGAUGGGAGUGCACCUCCUUUGUACAUUAACAUUGGAAUAUCCAGAAGGAGAUGAUGGCAAAAAUCUCCAUACCUACAUUUCCUACAAUUUCUGCAUUUCCAUGAGGCACUGGAGACAAGCAGCAGCAAGAGGACUGCAAAGAGAUUUUGUGGCUUUCCAGCAUGGAGAUGGGAUCUGCCUCUCCUGCUCAGCACAGCUCUGGGUUUCCAGAUAACAUUCUGGAAAGGCAGCUCGUGGCUCACAGCAGCAGGAGUGGUUUUAGUGCUGUGGUUUGUGAGAAGCUGGUGCUGGGUGGGGCUGAGGAUCACUCAGUGCAGCUCAGGCUCUCCCCAGCAGCAUCCCAGAGUGAUGGGCUCAGCCAGAGGCAGCUGUGCUCUGGGGAGGUUGAUCAGCUCGAGGUGCUGUCUCUCUUUCUAGAGCUCCCCAGCCACAGGGAGAUGUGUUUGUUCACCCCAUCACACCCACAAGACAGGUGAAAAUGUGAGACCAGAUGACACGGUGCACUGUCCCACAAAGCCACCACCCACACGUUGCAUUUUGGCUACAGGAGUGGCAGAAAGGAUAAUGCAACAAAGUUCUUCGUGUAAUGGAGAAGCAAAAAGAGUUUUAUUUAAAGGAACACUACACUUAUAUAGGGUAGUUUGUGCAAAACAGAAUAGAAAAGGCUCAUUGGUCUGAGAAGGCAACACCUCUUUGAAAACAUGCUUUCUGCAAAAGAUCACGUCUCCAGCAGGUGUUAAUCAUCGUUAAAAUUCCUUGUCCUUGAGCAGCCUCAGAAACCCAAGGCUUCAAGGCUGCUUUUUCCCUGGUUCCCAGCAGUAUCCAAUGACACUCACAGCUUGAGUCUGUGACCUGCAGCGUCUGGGAGUAAGAAGGAGACUGUGCUGUGAACCAACCCCAUCUUGGCCUCGUGGAGGCAGAGCAAGAAAGGAAGAAAAAACAAUAUUUCUGAACUUCAAGCUAACAAAAGCCAGCCAAAGGGUAAAUCUGUAAUCACCCAGAGGCUGCUCCUGUAGGAGUGCAGGACUCAAGCCUUCUUGAGGACGUGGUCCCUCACUUGUGGCGUGUCAACUCGGUGAAUUUGCCUUGUGGUGUCUCUUUUCCCUCCCCUCAAUCCCUCAGUGCAACAGGGACAAGCCAGGCAAAAGCAGGAACAUUAGAGUGAGGCCCACAUCCCAUUUCUGUACAGUCCAGAGGCAGAGGAGUUGAGGGCAGAUGCUCUUGUGAAAGGGUUUUGUUAAUAAAAAUAAUUGUAAGGUUAGGGAUGGAGUUCCAAGGCAAGUGUUCAAUCUACCCGCUCCUCAGCAACUGGAGGAAACUCUGGAGGAAGUAAGAUGACAAAAAUUAAAAUAUCAUGUGAAAGAUCUAUCUGUGAGUUAAAUAACCAAUACAUAAUGCAUACAAAGUAUUUCAAAUCAUUAACAUGACAAAAUUAUCACUCAGCUUUGGAAUGAUUUCCCCUUGAUUAUUGAAUCACUUUAACAUUCAACAUCUGUUGUUAAUAUGCAUAGAUU